AUGGACUUCGACCUGGCGGCAGGUGAGUCGGGGCGCGCCUGGCCCGACGGCUGGGGUCUCUCCCUUUUUUGUCGGGGGGCGGGGUGUCCCCAAGGCCAGGACGCCUGGGUCCCCUCCAGGUGAGGCCCCGUGUCACCCUGGCGCGCCCCUUUCCCUCUCUCAUCCGCCUGCAGCGCUGGGGCCCGAUCCCCCGAAGCCCGACCCCGUCGCGGAGAUGAAGCCGGGCCCGCGCAGCGGCGACGCGCCUGCCCAGCCGUCGGGGGCGCCUCCUGCGGCCGAGGGCGCAGCAAAGAGCCUCGCGGUGAGUUGGGGGGUCCCUCCUCUCCCAUUCCCCGCUUCCAGGGGCUGCGGUCUCACUGGAGCAACUGGCGGAGACCCCCUUUUCACUCCGGCUUCCCUCUUGCAGGAAGGCGGGCCCCGAUCUGCAUCCGACUCCAGCAGCAGCUCCUCCUCCUCCAGCGACAGCGACCAGGAGCGCAAGGCAAGAGGCGGGGGCGGGAGGUGGACAGAGGGACCCCCGUCCAGGAGAAAGAAGCCUGACCGCCCCCCCUCUCGGAGACCCUGGUCGCCUUUGCCCCCCCCUCCACUUCCCAGGAGGGGCGCGUCCAGGGAAGCCUAGACGUGCAGCUGGAGGCCAGACUGGGAGAGGGGCUCCAGCCCCGGGUCUCCCAUCAUGGCCACCUGGCUGGCCCUCUAAGGAGGGGGGCGGGAUGGACCAGAUGGCCACGGGCCUCUUCCUGACCUCCAACCCAGGUUAAGAUGUGCCUCUUUGGCCAGGUUUUGAGAGUUUGUGAGGGUCAGGCUUCCUGCCGGGUCUGUGUGCCUUUGGGUGUGGAGAUGCAUGGUUGCAAGUCAUUCUGUCGCAGGUGACAAGCAAUAGCUUCCUCCAUGUCAGGACUGUGAGCAACGCUUGACUCCACCCCCCAUGCUGGGUGCCUUGACCCCUUCCCCAGGCUCACGUGGGGCAAAAGAUUCCUGCCACCAGGGCCCCUUCCAAUUCUCCCAUUCUAGGGCUCCACUCUCUGGGCAAUGUAAAAACCUCCUGCAUAAUGCCAACCGGCCUUUGAUAGUCAGUGGUGGCAGAGUCUCCUGAAAAGCAGUCUCCACAGCCUCUCCUCUCUUCCGUGUCUCCCUCCCCAUUUCCUGGCCAGCCCUAUCCAUCCCCCCCCCCCACUGCACCGGGCCUGGGAGGGGACACAUCCUCCCUCAACACACCCACCCCUGGAUUGAGGGCUGGCUCCUGGUCAAAAGGCAAACUUCCCUUGCCUGCUGCAGCUGGUGGGAAGUGUAAAAUCUUCUGCUCCCGCCCCCUUGCAGGGACCUGGCACUGGCCGCCAGAAGAAGCUGAAGAAGCCCAAGAAAGAAAAGAAGCCCCAUAAGGAGAAGAAGAAGAAGAAGGAGAGGAGAAGCCACUGA